AUGGCGUCCCCUCCGCCGCAAGUGCCGUUCAGGCGGGUGCUGUGGGCCAGACAGCCCUUCCCAGACAACUACCAGGACCGCACCUUCCUCACCCAUCUCCACCAGAACCGCACCGCCCAGCGGACGAUCGAUGGCUAUCCGACCCUCGUCAUCUGCGCCUUGCCUCUCUGCGCCCAUCUGUCCUCCGUCAUGAUCUUCGUCGGCCUGUUCGUCUAUCUCCAUGAAGGACAUAUACAUGCUCAAGGGUUGAUUUGGUACACUAUCUCAUUGGGCCUUGUGGGCUACCUUGUGUGGGAACGCUCGAAAUCCGAUCGAAGACUAGCUCGACAGGCAGUACUGCGAUCGACAGGGAUCCUGAUCUUCCUGCUCAUGUUGAUCUCGCCGGUGUUGAAGACCCUGACGCUGUCGACUGACUCGGACUCGAUCUGGGCGCUGUCGGCCGUCCUGCUCACGAUCAACAUCCUUCUAGCCGACUAUCGGGACGGCCGAGAGAGCUUGAUCGAGGGCAGCUUGGACGUCAGCUUCCCUUCCGCGCUGUCUAUCAAUGCUGCCAUCUCCGCCUCCGUCGUCCUCGGCUCCCGCUUGCCUUCUAACGCAGAUGUCUUUUCACUCGUCUUAUUUGCCGUCGAAUGGUUUGCAUUGUUCCCGUUGAUGCGGCGGGACGUCAUGAGAAAAUAUCCCGACAGCUUGUUUAGACCGGUAGUCCUGAACAUCUCAUUAGCAUCUCUGGCCUUCUUGAUCAGCUGGACGUUAUCCAUCAGCGUCGCCUUGAUUUAUCUGAUGGCUGUUCCCUUGGGCACUGCGUUCAUCUUACCUGGGAUAUACGUCUGGCUCCAACGUUAUAAAAAGGACUUGGGCGGGCCUUGGGACUGUGCCGUUCCCAGACUCUCUUGA